AUGGAGCCAAUGUCCAACAAGCAGGAUAGCAACUCAUCAGAGGGAGAUGAGAAAGGGUGAGACAGAGUGUGUGUGUGUGUGUGUGAGAGAGAGAGAGAGAGAGAGUCUGUGUGUGUGCGUGUGAGAACCAAAAUGUGAUGGAUUGUACAUCUGCAUGAAUGUGCGCUUCAGUCUUUGAUGUAAACAUGAAAGGAAAGCAGAGAUUACCAUGGAUUUGACAGGAGACAGAAUAGCUGCAGGCGUAGAUGGAUGGAUUGAUGGAUGGAUGAAAGUGUACGCAGACGCAGAGGUGCAGCAAUACAACUCCAAAUCAUCUGAAUCCUCUCAAACGGAAACAAAGCUCAUCACUCAGGGUGUACACAUUUUUGACGUAACAGCGAGAAAUAAUUCACAAAAGAGUGGCAGAUGCAGUUGUCAGUGGAUUGAUGCUGCAGUGACAGGCAGAAUAGAACAUGAACACAUGAUUAAUAAGAGAUACAGAGGAGGACAUUCACUGGCUGGGUGGAGGGAUAGAUAGCACACAGGGACACGGUGUAUUUGGUGUACUUUUGGAAAUAGUAAAAGUAUACACAGAUCAAUCCAUCACCCUGCCAUCUGUGUGCUCUCCUGUUCUGGGCACGUGCAGUCUUACACACAUACACACACACCAACACAUCCAGUACAUGUUGUUCUGCCAUCAAUGUUUGUUUGUGAGCUGAUGAACACAAAAACAAAACUAAGUGCUACACUUUCAAGUCCUAACUCAUCAUGCAGCUCUGACAGCUCAGUACUCUGCUUCCAACAGAGGCUUUUUACAGUUUGAGGGGGAAUACUGUGUAACUGAGUGCUCCUGCAGAGUAACAGUGUUGCAGCUAUGUACACUUGUCAGACUCAUUUUUCUGUUGGUUUGCUGAAUUUCAUUUUCUCUCCUUUGAAGCUGCGGUCAAGCAUGGCUAUCUGAAAAUGACCUUUCACCCACCACAUUCCUCUGUCCAAACUCUGGGGUUUUGGUGAAGACCUCCUCGUGGGUUUUGAUUCUCAUGUAGGUAGUAUGAAAAACAGCCAGUAUAGAGUCAGAGUGGUGUCCAGCUGGAGAGUCAACCUCAGCCUCUCUGGUCUGGAUGUUUGCCAACUGCAUGUGUGUUUUCAUUCAUGUGGGUGGGUUAGUUUUUAUUAUCGACCACAGAGAUACAGAAAAGGUUAUUCACACUGGCAAUGUACAGCUAUGUGUGUUUGUGUAUGUGUGUGUGUGUGUGUGGAUUAGCGGAGUGGAGAGAGCUGGAUUAGGAGCACUGAGGGCAGCUGGAGCCACAGAAAGCAAAGGACAGAUCAGGACACAGCAAUAUGUGACAACAACAGGGGAUUGUCGCUUUGUGUUUGUGCGCAUGUGCGUGCAUGUGUGUCUGUACGCGUGUGUGUGUCUGUGUGUAAUUCUAACUGUGUCAUCUUGUGACACGUGUUCUUGCAAGUGCUCCUCAUGCAUUGACCCCUCCCCUCGUUAAAGUCUGAGUCAUGGCGAUUUCACACACACUAACACACACAUGCGCACACAGAUGUUGAUAUCAAACUUUACCCCGAGAGGAUAUAGAAAAUAGAGUUUUGUGUAUGUAAUCAUGAGUGUAAUAAUGAACUGUAGGUGUGCAUGUGUGAACUACCAGCAGCACAAAGACGACAGAUUCAGAGAGACAAUGUCCUCUUAGCUUCAAUUUUAACUUCAAUUUCACAAAGGACUGAUUUUUUGGAUUUCUAUUUGGAUGUAAAUUAAGAGUAGGAAUUAGAAUAACUUUAUUAAUCCCUGAAGGGAAAUUCAAUUGUCUGUCGUCUUAUUUGUUAUGUCUCUAAAAGUUAUCUACUAUUUACUGAAGAGUUAUAAAGUCUGAUGGCUGUUGGUACAAAAGAUCAUCUGAAUCUUUCUGUCCUGCAGUGAAGAGAGAGGAGCCGUCCACCACCAUUGGCCCUUUGGUCCAUCAAGGUGUUGUGAAGUGGGUGAUCCAUGUUCUUUAGAAUAGACUCCACCUUCCUCAGUGUAGAUCUCUUCACCACAUCCUCCACUGUGUCCAGCUUGAGUCCAACCUAUAGACUGUAUAAAGAAUGGACAGAGUCUGCCUCUUCGUUGGGUGAAGCCACUCCGAGAACAGCACCCUCUGAUGGUGGGCUGCAGUAUAGGUCAUACAUCCCGCCUCCGCCAGCAAAGCUUAUGGGGCUGUGGACAAACUUUAGAAAUUUAUUACACAGAACAUAAAUUUUUCUCCCCCUUGCCUGUGAUGUUGACAUGUAGUUAUUAUAAGACUGGUUUGUGCUCAAGUCCUCUUUUUUCUGUGCAGCUCCAUUUCUAAAAGUUAUUAAGGGGUUCAUGUUUUCUAUGAUUGACACCUGAUACAGCCUAUUGGCAUUCCCUUUCUGUAGAUGAAGUCUAUAUUCUAAGACCAAAUAAAUUUAAGAAUGAAUUUAAGUCAUUUAAAAAACUUUAGAAGGCCUUCAACAUUUUACAUUAACACUUUUACGGUAUCCCACGUAUGUUUAAGUCUUCAAAUAUUCUUGUGUUACUGAUGGUUUCAAAGGUUAGAAGAAUUCUGUGUUUUUAUUUUCAGUGGCAGUCGCAUCAUCUGGUUGCCUGUUAGUGACCCAGUGUUUAGUGUCUCCAUUAGUUUCAAUACCUAAAAGGCUUGAGACACCAGAUAUUGUAUAAUGACAAUGCUGCUUGGUCAUACUUGUACAUGUGCACAACUUUUUUUUCCCUCUAAACAUCUGCAAAUGUCAUGUCAAUGUCAUUGCCAUUUGUUUUCAAACUUUUGGAGCAGAAAUGUGUUCAAAUAGUUUUCCAGCUUUUUCUAUCCUUAAUAGAGAUAGGAAUCGACAAAAUACCAUCCUGUAUCAAACCACAACAAAACGCAAUGCAACUUAACACAAAUCAACAUAAAGCAACAUGACACUAAACAGCUUUGUUAGUACAGUUAGUUUUGUUGUAUUUUGUCAAAUGCAAAACAAACAAACAUACAAUAAAAAAACUGUGUGCCAUCAACAUUACAUAUAUCUCCCAUUGGCAGACCUGCUCUCUCAUGAUGGAUAUUGGCUUUAGUCUCUGGAAAACUGAAAUCGAUUAGAAGAGUAUCGUCAGCAUAACCUGAAAAUUUAUCGUUUAUUCAUUAUAAUUGAUUCCAAGGACAAUCUUUUGCGUGCAUAGAUGAUAGAAGGUACUAAAAGGUUUCAAACUAGCACAUUGCACUUAAUUGAUGCCAAUUACGUGUUCCAGUCUUCAUUAAGAAUAGUGAUCAGCUGUGUCAGGUACAGCUGUAAAAGUAGAAGUACAAAAUAAGUCCUCUGUUCAAAGACAAAAUAUGAUCACUGAACUUUUGUUUUGGCACAAAAAACGCAACUGUGGGCAACUGCUUUCUUAAGGAUCAUCCAAAAGGAAGAAAAUGCUCUGUCAUUAGUCUUUGAUCAACUCUCACAAGACCAAGCUUUCCAGGAAUUAAGUACAGUGUCUUUAAAGUACCGUUGUAUUUAGCCAAUUACAGUGCCAUCAGCCGGAACAAGGUUAGGGGUGUGGUUGAAACAGCAAGAGAAUCCAAUUAAGUCCCUUAACAAGAUAAUUAGGAUACUUAAGCUAUCAUAAUUGACGUCCGCAUGAAUAUUAAAGCCCACUUAUGUAACAACUUCCGCUAUACUUAGGAUUUAAGCUGAUAAAAUCUCAGACAAUUUAGGUAGAACUUCUGAGAAAGAGCAAAAAGGUUGAUACACUUUGACAUAUGAAAUUAGCUAUGUCAUGUUUUCCAGCUGGAGUUCAGAAACUAAUAACGAAGGAAGGUGAAGAGAUGCCAGUUUCUUUUGGAUUUCAGGUUCUGAUACCUCCUGAUUGGUUUUCCUAAUGUAAGCUAACAAAUGUAUUCGUAGAGGAAACUUCUUAAGGGCCAUAAGUUCUCCAGAGCAUUAGGUUUACAUAUUUACAGCAAUGAUAAAUAAGUAGAUUAUAUGCCAAAGUGCAACUGCCAACACUGAAAAGACAAACAAACACAGGGACUAAGAAACAAGUAAAUAAUGUAGUUUGCUAGAUCACCCCGAUCUGUUUAACACCACAACCUACCUCUUUUCAUGUGGCCCGAUCCACAGUUGAGCAGAGACUUAUUGUUAAUGGAUCUCAUUCAUGAAACAUUAUUUAAGUUACGUGUGGAUUUAAACACAAAGAGUCGAGCAAACUCCAGAUAGCCACGACUCAGCAUAAAUCUCCGCCGGUGAAUUAAAAAAUGAACACUUUAAUGAAGUCAUCUGCAUUUCUUUGCAAUGAAAAUCAUGCCUUCUUUUUUGUAUUCCAUGCAUAAGGACUAUUUGGAAAAUGACGUGACAACAAAGCCCCAGAUAAAGAUCUGCUUCAUUCGACCACUAUGUCAAGCAAAGGUUACCUAAUAAGUAAGAACCGAUUCCUGGAAGAUACAUAUUUUCGGGCCAUGGUUAUGAAAUGGUCUUUUUUUUUUUUCUUUUGUUGACCAAAGUGUGUGUUUCCUGUGUUCCAAGAAUCUGACAAACACACCAGGGACGGCAAGGCUAUGUAGGUAAAAAUGAACAAAUAGGCUUUAUCCCUCCUCAAACCCUUUUCAAAAGGACCAUUCUUUCUCUCUUAACCAGGCCUUGUCCUCAGGUAACCCUGAUGUAGUUUUACAUAGAGUUGUUCGCUGAAACAGCACAAGCAGUCACAAACACCAGUAUUGUUUUAAUUCCCCAAGCCUCUUUUGACCUCUUUUGAGAGUCUGGUAUUGAAGAGGGCUGUGAAUGGACUCUUAACCUAAGGCAUGAAUAAGUAUAAAUCUCAUGCCUCCUUAUGCCUAUGGACCAGAAUUUUUAAUACAUUGAAAAGCAGACUGGUUGUGUAAUUUGACUAAAGCUUCUGAACACCACAAUCAUUUAAUGCCGUAAGCUGUUUAGAUGAAUAUGUCUUUGUAGAAUAAAAGUAUCGGGUAAACAUCUCAGUGUUAUUUCAGUUUUGAGCUGUAAAUGACAGUGAUUUAUUAAACAUAACAGACAACACAUCGCUCAUUAAUUAUGAAUUACAACAUCAAGUAUGUCACUCAUUUUGCAAAAAACAAUCAUUACAGUAUUUUCCUAUAACACCUACUUCACUUUUUUGGUAUAUUUUUUCCACACAUUUUUCAAGGGAUUCAAAAUAACGUGAGAAAUCAUUAACCGCAAAAUCCCUGCAAAAAUCUAUAAGUGCAUACGCAAACACAAACAGACAAAAACUUGAACUUUACUCCUGAUUUAGGUCUGUGGAUUCAUGUAUCUCACAAAGUGUCAGUUGGAAACAGUUCAUUCAGAAAACUGGUACAUAAGAUUGAUAAAAAGCUGUUUAUCAUCUUUACUGUAGCUGAAUAAUACUAUUCAUGUUUCUAAUAAAACAAUUCAUGAUCAACCUCUGUGGUAUGUCUUGAUAAACUUUACAGUGGAGGUCUAAAUAGUUCAAAUAAAUGAAUAAGAUGUUUAAAAUCAUCAGUCCUUCUCAGACUGGAUGGGUAUAAAGUACACCAAAAAGCACAAUAAGCCAUUUUUUCUAUUGUAAUAAUCAACUUACUGCUAGAAUUGUGUCGUUGAACUCACUAAUACACUUCGGUUCGAUAAAAGUGUUGACGUCUAUGAUAAGACAGUGGAAAUUAAGUAUGCUGUUACUCUCCAGGAACCCAAAGAGGGGCUUUUCCCACUGGCUAGUGAACCUAUACAUUGGUAGAAAGGGAGGUGCAAUAAAAGAAAUUUGUUCCUUAAAUUAAUGGAUAAUCAUCAUUAUGAGCCAAGACGUCCAAAUUACAGCGAUCCUCAUUUUUUGCUAUACUCAUGCAGCCCCAAUGCACUGAGAAGAAAGUCUUGGUCCAGGUGAUAGAUGGAUUAUCCUUCAAGAACUCUGAGAGCCACAACCUUGGAGCAAAUUUUCAACCGUGCCACAACUUAUACUACUAGUCAUCUGUAGAGGAUCUCCUACUUGCAGGUCUUGAAAGACAGCCAAGCACCUUACAGCUUAGUACAAACCAACUCUUGGCUUUAUGUCAGAGUGUGACAUAACAGUGUCACGGUUCCCUGCAGGACCUCUUCUCAGCUAAUUGUAAAACCAGGAUGUCAUUUAAUUUAAGUGUAGGAGUCAAUCACAUCAGAGCAUGUGUACCCUGUAAAAAAAAAAAAAAAAAAAGUUCAGCUUUUAAAGGAACCACUCCCAUGUUUUUGUUGCCUCGUGUUCUCAUUGUCCCUGCACUCAUGCUUUCAGCACCAAAAGAUCUUGUCCCAGGCCCUCAGAUCCUUAAUUCACAAACAGCGCUGCAUUCACUGGCUUGAUCUCACUAGCUUGGAAGUGUCUCAGCUUAUUGGACAGACACAAAGAGACCCUUUGCAGCAGUGCCAGACAGAAAGACUGUCCCCUAACGCCAGUAAGGGAGGCGCAGGCAGGUGGUGAGGGAUUACAGGCGGCGUUCAUCCAUUAGCAGACAUAGAAAGAGAAAGCCCCAGCUUUUAAGUUCCUCAGUGUGCAAACACAGAGAACCUGUAAAGGGAUCUACACUCAGGAGAUGUGAUUAAGAUGACACAGCAGUGAGUUCAUUACUGCUUCUAGAGGCGGCUCAGGAAGUUUGGCUCAGGCUAACAGAGUCUCUGAAUGUUCCAUUGAGAUCCUUCUGACGGCUUUCUCACUAGCUCUAAGAAUACUGACUUUACAUCAGUGCAAACAUCGACACCGACCUCAUCUCAGGAUCCUGUGAGGACAAUCUGAUAACAACAAAGCCUCUUGAGAUUCUAUAGACGGUAAAAGAACUUCCAGGCUAGACCUCAGAUGAAGCAAUCUGGCUGUAGGAUCUGCUGAAUUCAUGUCAAGAUUGUUUUGUUUACCAAAACACACAUUAAUUUACUGACAAGACUAGAACAGUCCACAGCAGGACAAAUCCUCGCUGAUUCAAAGCAGACUGGUGGUUUUAAAAAGUCCUGUAGAUCUUGCGUUAGUGGUCAUGAUAUCUACUUAUAUGAUAUUUACACCCCUUUACUUCUGGGAUCUUCCUGAACAUCUAGCAAGACGUAAGUCCUCUUAAUCUCUACAUGGUUCAUUAGCUCUUCACUGAGGUUUCUGUUUCAAAAGCUCCUGACAAAUAUUUAUGUUUUAUUCUGUUAUGAACUUCUUCAACGAAAUCCCUAACUCUUGUAUGGGACUUAGUUAUACCCAAUUUAGUUGAUUAGAUUAAGGAAUCUAGUUAAAGCAAAGUUUUCCAUUUUUCCUUGUAGAGUUUUGUAUCCUGUAAAUGCCAGUGGAUUGGUCUGUCUAUACGUACAGACACCCACAUCUUUCCUUGUAUCACUGACACAGCUAAACUAAUUCUGAAUGCUUAUUUAAUUAGAAUUUAAAUCAAUGAUUCAAUAAAUUGUCAGGAGAGAUAGAAUGUAUUACUUAAUUCCAAUCAUGCAGGGAAAAUCAGGCCUUUAUAUUGAAUAAGCUUAUCUGAGACUGUCAGGCUCUAGUCUCAGUAAAAUUUAUUUUUUGGACCACUUUUUGAGAGGAUGUCAUCUAAUUUUUGGGUAAAGGAUGUUCCACAGCCACUAACUUUUUAUCUAAACUCUGCCCGACAAGUCUAAAGGCAAGCUUAGUUGACUUAACAAUUAAAUGCAGUCGCCUAUGGUAGAAUCAAUUAUCCUUUAACAAAGUUUUAUAUUUCUAUUGCUAUAGGCCUAAAAUACAAGUCAUAUUUUCCAUCAAAGCCAAAGCACAGUCAUCUGAAACUAGCUAAGGUAGUUGUUACAUACAGAAGACGAGAAUGGCCAUGGAUUUUUCUUUUUUUUUUUUUAUGCACGGUUAUCUCAUGAUAAUGAUUUAUUAUCUCAUCAUCUCGAUGUAACAAAGUUAUAAUUCAUUUUCUCCAGACUUAGUUUUUUUUAAUUUUCUGGAUAAAGCAAAGAUCAUUAUCUCAGUAUAACGAAUAAAUGUAUAAUGUGUCCGCCAUUGUUACUUUUGUUGUCCUAUUUGGAAACUUUCCCACGUUGAAAGUGUAAUCCACAUGCGUCAGUGUUUUCUUUGAAACGGCGGCUUGCUGGUGACAGUGAUGGCUGUGGGGUUUCAGAAAUAUUCCACUCUGGAGGGUGUUUUUAAAAGUUACUGUUUUAGGUCGGCAAAAUAAUACGUCAUGGGAAAAUGGUAUUUGCUAUGCUGAGAUAACGGGGGGAAAAAAAUUAUCACGAGAAAACAUAUUUGUUAAACCGAGAUAAUAAGUUGUUUUUAUGAGAUAACAGUGCAUAAAAAAGAAAAACCCAUAGUUGUUGACAUCUUCCAUAGUUACAGUCAAUGGCAACAACCAUAAUGCUAUAGCGCUCCUCUACCUGGGUGUAAACCAGCACAGAUGAAGCUGGCUUCUCAUAGUGCAGCGCAGUUUAGCGUACUAGAAACAGGAGAGGAAGUAGUGAGUCAAUUGUAAGACUAAACUGGUGUAUAUACAGCUAUCUCCUUGGUUCUGCUGUGUGUAACCAGCACAGGUCUGCAAACGUUGAUCUGUAUGGUGGGCCGAAGGCUGGUGGUGCUAGCUCUGCUAACAUUCACCAACAGCAAAACUUGUUUGUUGUUCACCUGCAGACUGUCCUUGGCUCAACUUUGGCUGUUUUCUGAGAGUUUUCUUUCCUCUCAAGUUGGUUAGUUAAAAUUCAAGUUUUUUAUUGUGUAGGUACCAUUUGUGCUGCAAUGACUGUCAGCUAGUAACCACCACAGUGCUAUUCUGCUAAAUGGCAAUGGCAUUAAUAAUUUUCCGCAGACGAAUGUGAGUUUUUUUCUUCUUUGUUUAUUUCAGUUGUAGGUUCAAAAGUUUGAUCAAUUUUGACUUUGGUUUCAGAUGAAAUACCCUCUACUGGCAUCCCCAUUCAUAGCUUAUACCAGUGCUGCACAUAAAUAUGUUCAGAUUUCUUCAUUAGCUGUUUGCAGUUGCUGCUCAGUCUGGCUGAAAACUUCCCUCGUGUGUACUUGUUGUCUUGGAUAAGGUCAAAGUUUGUUCCCACAGCACUAAUCCAUCAGGACGUGACAGUCAGGUCACGCUGGACGUCUGCCAGCAGCUUUAAGCAUAUAAUCCCUGUUUUUUAUGGUCUGCAUUUAUUUGAAACAUGUGAAAGAGGUAAAUUUGAUUAAUGACAAAGCUUUACCAAAACAGCAGCAUAGGAGCAACCGGAUUGGAAAAUAGGCUAGCACUCUGUAUGCUAAUUGUGUAUUUUUAGUUUUCAUAUAAUCCCACCACCUGAAGUCUUAGCAUCAAGCACAGCUUCUAGCCACAGCCCUGAUUCAACUGGAAUACUUUGAUUUGAGAAAAUCUUUUUGUGUGUCAGAUUUAUAAACCCUAUCAGUAAUUAUUUAGCUGGGCUCCGAAUAGCAAUGUCUUAUUCAGCCUUGGCUAGGGCUUUAAAAAUCAAGACUUAAAUAGAAAUAGUACAAAAUGUAACCAUAGAGCAGUUUGAUUUUGCUGAUGAGAUAAAAAAGCAUCCCUUUGUCCUCACAAGACUUCACUCUGCUGUACUGGGGGGACCACAUCAGCCUGCUGUUAUGUAAUCAAGUUAGCAUUAAAGCUUAAAUGAGUUUGGAUUCAGAGAGGCAACAUGUUUUUUUUUUUCUCCUGUGGGGGGAAAAAUGAAAAGAGCAAAUCAGACAGAGAGACAGAGAGGGCAUGUCAGGAGAAAGUGACAGGAGUGAUAAUGCAAAAACACAAAAGGUGACAGAUGGGGAGAGGGCGACAGAAGGAGGAAGAGGAGUCAGGCGAUGUGGUGGAGGAAGAAAAAAUACAGAAAAGUGAGCACAGGGAGUGAGAGAGAGAGCAAGAGGAGGGGCGAAACAUGAAAAUUUUGUUUGGUGAAGACAGCGAGAAUCUCACCGAGGGAGGUUCUACACAUGCAAACACACUGACUGGGAGGAGGCGGGGGGAAGGCUGGACCAGAGCAGCGAGGAGAGGAGGGAGGGAGGGAGGGGAGAGAGGGAAAUAAACAGAGUAACCAUUCCUGCCGGCAGCAAGUCAGAGAGAGAGAGAGAGUGAGAGAGAGAGAAAGGGCUGCUUAAAGCCUCAGAUAUCUCCCCUUGAACGCAGGAGACAGACUCUACUGUACUUCUCUGUGAUCGACGAGAGCCCUCAGGUCACCGUGAGGCUGGUGGUGAGGAAUUUAAGGACCUGCUGUUUGGGGUUUUCAAACCGGCGGGAGCUGCAGCUCUCCACACUCUGAUUCGUGUACUCUAGAAGAACCACUUCUUCAACUAUUGUCAGACCCAUUAACUGGAGCAACAGCGUUUUGUUUUCGCCCGAAUGGGACCUGUUCACUGACCCCUUUUUGACUACUGGGACUCUUGAACAGCAGAAGAAGCUGCUGGUUUUAUUCUUCUCUUCUGGUUCUGGUGAAAAGAGGAGCACCAUGCAUAUAUUACAGCCAUACUGCAUCAACAGGUGUGUGUGUGUGUUUCAUGUGAAUUCAUGCGUCUCUGUUUAGCUGUGAUGGAGCCACGUGCCAUGUGCUGAUAUCUGUAUGGUACACCACAUGUCAACAACAGAUAAAGACAGAAAUAUCUAUAUGUUGCAGGCAGUUAGAAGGCUUUCUGCUGUUAGUCUGCUUGUGUUAUGAUUGUGAAGACGCGUUGACAUUCGUUUUCUAGUUUGUAGACUGUUUGUGUAUCUUGAACACGUGACAAGAGAGUAAAGCUAGAGAUUUCUCUUUUCCUGAAACCAGAAUACACUGUGCUUAUCGCCCUCUAAUGCUGCUCCCACUGGAGUGUGUCUCAAGCUCUUCCUAUGAAACAGCCAAUCUCACAUGCCUUGAACACCAACUACAACUCCAGUGGCACCACCAGCAAUGGGCAUUUCUGCACCAACAGUUUUCAGCUCAUCCUCCUCUGACCUUGUGCACCUUGACUCCUUCACACUGUGAUCUGUCUUAUUUAAGUAUCCCGCAGCAUCUGAUUCCUCAAACAGAUUAUUUCCUUCCAUAUUUUGGUCAGUGUGUUUGGACUGUUUUGGAAGAAUGGAGCAGACGCUCAACAGUAGUUGAUUUCCGGGUGGUGGACUCCACUGGGAGUCAACGUUGAUAGAGGGUGUUAUGAUAUAAAGCUGUUUGACAUUCAGCUAGGUUUCCCUUCAACAAAUAAGCCUCUGUUGUCAUCCCAUCCCCCCGCUUCUUAUUUCAGCUUAUGAUCUUUCAGUUCUUAUUCACGCUAACAGAGGAAAUCUGAAAGUUGCUGAAAUAGAGGGUCACGAGUUUACAUGUGUGUGUUUACAACAGUAAACCAACUGUAAAUAUCAUAGUCUUAUGGUUCCUCAUGGUUCUUUCUCCUAAUUCUGUUUUACUCAUGGCUCUAAACAGUGGUGUCUCUGCAGAAAUGGCCAAAAGACAAAGUUAUUUAGCUUGAUAAGGUUAUAGUGUAGAAGAUUAAUACAUUUUUUAAAGGUGCAGAAUCAUUUUGACGUUAAGGAAGCUCACCUCAUGAUCAACAACCAGAGGAGACAGUUUCCCACAGCGUUACUGCCUGACCAUGUGCACACAGCAAUAAAAUUAAUAAGUUAGCUGGACCGUGAAGAGCAGCAAGAACAGAGCAUGAGACGUCAGAGAUUUUUUUUUUUUUUUCCUUUUUUUUUUUUUUUGGUCUUGAAGAGGAAAGUAGAUUUGACAGCCAGGGAGAGGCAUGGGGUUAGAGAGAGGGUGGAAGUAUGGUGGAGAAGCUAGAUUACCUAAUACUGCUGAUGGAAGUUUGAAGGACCAGAGGAGAGAGAUGUGGUGAAGAGGAGAAGAAAAGACAGAAAUUACAGUGAGGAAAGAAGGGAAGUCAAGGAAGCAGGCAGAGAGCAAUGCCCAGGGGAGGCCAGAGUGGGAGGGACAGAGAGAAAUAUUUUAUAGAGGGGAGAGGGUUAAAGGGGAGCGGGAGGGGUCUGAGGCAAACAGUCAGACUUGGGGAUAGAGAAGAGAGGAUGUAAUCCAAAUCUGCUGCCAGAAGCAAAUGCAAACUCCAUCCCAUGUGAGGGAGGACAGAGAAAAAAAGAGAGAAUUAUUCCAAGAAAUAUGUGAGGGAAAUGAGAGAGGGAAUCAUAUAUACCCUGGUUUGUAUGUGCAGUCCUGACACGUGCCUUUGAAUUAAAGGUUUCAUCUGUUGAACAGACCUUUCAUUGCACAAAAAAGGCUUUUCAGCACAUAAAUAAAAUCACGUGAACGCAUAAAGGUUGAGAGAGAGAGAAGAACAGAAAAAUGACAGAGCGACUGAUUUUAAGCCACGCAGUUUUCCCUCUGUUUCCUCGUAGGAUUGCACAUUUCUAUUUGCUUGUUGUUUUUUGUAUUGUUGUCAAACUCCAGUAAGUUAGUCACAUACCGGCCAGUAAUGUCUCCAACACUCUUUUGUUAAGAGUGGGCAGUUUCUUAGUUCAAAUUAGCGACUGUUCAGCAAAGGCUCAUGGUGGUUGCUGAGUUGGAAAAGUAAUGAGUUAGCUGAAACUUUGCUAGUCUUUUAUAUAAAUUCUGGUUCAGCUGGGAGUAGUGAGGGUGUGUGAAAUGAGGAUCUCACAGGUUCUUGUUUGAACUGUCAGUGUGAACUGUUCAGGGUGGCAUUAGUGCAAAAAAAUGUAAGUGAGACGAAAAAUGACCAAAAGUAAUUCACUGAAGCUUUUGGCAAUUAAUGAUGAACAGCAUUCUAGUCAUUUCAUUCUAGUCAUUUCCAUGAUGCGUAUUUGACACCCACAAUCUGAUGUCCGUGUUGUCCCAUUUCUUUAAUUGAGAUUUUAAUCCGUCUCUGUUGAAGCUCGGCACUUUAGGGGUCACAACCCAGUCCAGGUCACUCCUAAAAAAGGAUAGGACUGAGGGUUGGGUUCGGUUGAGUAGUUGGAGCAAAAUGUAAAACAUCUCAGAAUUUUGAGUUUGUUUUUUCUUUGUAAGACAUUUGAUAUGCUGAAAAAUAAAUAAAAACAAAUUAUCUAAAAAAUUCACAUAAAUAUGUCCAAAACAAGAGAUUUUUGUAUGGAUGAGCAAUUGACCUUUGAGUAAUAAUGCAAUAUUCUAGGUCUUUACUGUGAUAUCCAACAUUCAUUGAUAUUGUGGGAUCUCUUUUAAAGGAACCUACAAAUUCUCAAUUUUAUCAUUUUAGUCAGUUGGAGAUUUUCUGCAACUUAUAUCUGUAAAAAGCAUUGUCUCUGUUCAUUAGGGCCGGUGUCCACUAACAGCAAAAAAAAAAAAAGGCUGCUAGUAAACCCAGUUUUUACACAAAACAGAUGAAGUCCAGCACUUUCAGCACCCAGUGUCCCAUCCACAUCAGGUGGUUACAGCGCCCUUCGCUCAUAAUAGUUUCACUUUUAGAGCCCUCCCCUUUGCAGUGUCACUUUCUUUCCUGGGACCAAUCAAAAUCAGGAAAGACAAAAGGGGAGAAACUAUCAAGACCUGUUUCCAUGUCUAGGUGCUAAUCCAUUGUUUUGAUACUUAAUUCAUAAAAUCUGUCAAUGACUGACAACAAAUGAAAAGCAUGCAGAGCAUUGUAAACAAACUGAACAGUCUCAGCCUUUAGGGAAUGAUGAUUUUUUAAUGUGUCAGUGCUGGUGAAAGUGCUCUGAAAUUCAGGUCAGGUGCAUGACCAGAGGUAAUACCAGCAGUGGACUCAACAAUUCGUUCUGUAAAUUGUUGUCAUUAGUAUUAUUUUUUUUUACUUUUGUGACAGAAAAGUGACACUUUUUAAAUUUGGUGUUUGGUUGAGUGAGAGGGCUCAGUUGCUCAGUAUGUAUCUUUGGAGGAAUCAGAGUGUUUCUCUGCACUUUGAGGCGUUUCUGCCUCCCUUACAAGGGUCUUUGCCUGUCCUUGACUCUCCUCCAAAUACAACAACACCCACUUCAAAGUAGAGGCGUGUGGGUGUCGGCACAAUAAAAGUGAGAAAAUGGUACAGGAAAUGGGAAUUCUUAAAAAUUGGACCUACCCUCUGUUUCCUCCCUCUGAAGUGUGCAGAUUUCUCCAAUUUUACAAACAAGAUUAUGUUUUUUGCACAAUGUGAGGAUGCGACCAGUCUUUUUCACACUUUCAUAUUUUUCUCUCUCCCCCCUACCACCUUCCUGUCCCUCCUCCUAGGUGGCCAGAUGUGCCCAAGAGAAAGAGCAAGAACAGCCAGUGUUCGGUGAAGAGCAUGUCUGGUAAGGAUUUAUCCUCUUCUGCUUCAUCCCUUUGUGUAGCUGCUGUCUGCAAACAAACAAGUGAACACAAAUAUACAAAAGACACAUCUUAUUAUGCGCUGAUAGAUUCAGUCGAUGUUCUGUGUGGUCAACACUCCAUGGCUGGCUCCCCACAGCUUUGCAUGAUGUCUCAUUUCUAUGAUAAUCUCCCUCUCCUUCUUUUAUAUGACUUUCAUGCAGAGGCUUUGUUGAGCAGAGAUUAGCUCACCUGGGUUGGCAUGGCCUAAGCCGAAGAGAUGUGUUUGAGUGCAGCUGUAGGUUGGACUCGAGUUUUUGAAUACUGUAUUAUUGAACCACCAAAGAAGACGCGUUCAUUUUUCUCAACUUUCACGUGUCUAUUAACUUUAACAAAGAGAGUUUAAGGUCAUGUAUUGAAAGAGUCCUGCUCCUCAGUGUUGUCUAGAUUUGCACAACGCCUCAAUCUAUCACCAUUAACCUUUUUAGUAUGCAGGUGUAGAGACAUAAUGAACACUUCAACAAUUCCCAUUGAUGUUAAAGUAUGAGCCUGAUUUAUUUAUAGUGAAAUAUAACAAAGAAAACACAAAGUGAAUGUGAUUUUAGUAGGAAUAACUGAAUUGACUAAGCUGUCCUCGUUCAGCUCUCUUUCUCAGUGGUUUUGCAUUUGACAUCGUUUGAAACAGAAAUGAAGUUAAUGUCGCAAAUGUACAAACUGAUCCUGCUUUCAAUUCUUCUUAAGAAGUAUUUCAUACAGCCAGGUUACAGCUUAACUUGCACUAGAAGUAAUGAUGUGGCUUAGACACAAUUUAAGGCUAUCCUAAUCAUGAUGGGAAAAAUCAUCAGUUGUAUUCAUGUGGUUACAAUCACCAAUGAAACUCAAUGUUCAGUUUCUUUCCAGGCUCAGAAUAAUCAUAUUUGAAUGACAGAGACAGCUUUGUAACUAAUUAGCCCUGUUAUACAACCCUGUUUUGUUUGUAUGUUUCAACACAAUGCAGGCAGGCAGGCUGUAGCCAAGGUUUAAUUCCUACCAACAUUCACUGAGGUAUUAUGCAGCAGAUCAAAUGAUAUCAGUGUGAUUAAGAGUGUGUGAUUCGAUCGUAAAAGAUCAAAGUUCUGAUCAUUUUACUGAAGAAUGUUUUGAAGAACAAACAGCAGGGGGAUUGGACUUCCUAAAUGAGUGGUACAAACAUGUCUAAAGGUUUUAUAAUGCAGAUAAAGGUUGCAGAUGUCUUCAUCUUUUAUAAUAUUUGUUUGUGUUAACAAUUGUUGAAGUUUAGCCCAGCACAAGGGAUUUCCUUUCCUUCAGGCUUUAGUGAAAUGAGACCUGAUUAAAUCUCCUCCGGUGGACUUUUUCAUCACCAAAGCACAUGUGUGUUUGUGGGACUUUAAAUAACUGUGAAUAGAUGGUUCAGUUAUUUGUGUCGUGGCUUCAAGUGUACAAAUGCGUGACUUUAUUUAAAAAAAUAAAACAUCCUCUGCAACAAAAUGACAGCUUAGAGAUGAGAUGUGAGUUGAAAUGAUCAGUAAGCAAAAGGAAACUUCACCCCUUACCUUGACCUGAUGAAUUCUGGGAUUUAGAGUAUUGACUUCAUAAGCUGGCAUGAUAUCAUGUUUCUGUGUGCAACGUGAAUACAUCACUCUGUGUCAGUCUCAAGGGGCCCCAUGCACAGGUGCUUCAUUACGGCCCCUGUGAUAACACUCAGAACCUCCCCCUCCUCUCCUCUCCUCCUCCUUUUUGCCCAAAUUCUCCCCCUCACCCCAUCGCCCCUUCCCCUCACUAUCCACCCGACCUCCCUCACUUGCACUCAUUGUUCGCCCUUCUCUCAUUCCACCCUGUCUUCCUUCUCAACCUCCUCCUCCUCUCCUAUAGCUCUUAGUGUCUCUGUUCCAGGGUACAUCCCCAGCUACCUGGAGAAGGAUGAGCCUUGCGUGGUGUGUGGGGACAAGGCGACUGGCUACCACUACCGCUGCAUCACCUGCGAGGGCUGCAAGGUACGGAAUAUUAUCUUCUCCCUACACCCGUGAACACUGACUGUCUUGUGAUCGCCUGGCAACUGUAAUGUGCACAGUACUUUUCAUUUUGUACAUCUUAACAAAUUAUGUAAUACAAGCUAGUACAACAAAUUUGAAGAGUUUGAAGUCUCCAAUAAAAGGAUGAAAGGUUCAACACUCACUACAAAUGUUUGAAGUCCGAGUGAUGUCUUUACCAAGCAUAAGGAUGUCAGCUCAUGUCAGCGGAGAGAAAAUCUUGCAGCUAGAAAGUAUCCUCCACCUUUGAGCCGCAGCUGUUUCCCUGCUGAGGCUUUUAAAUACUGACGAUCAGAAGAGGAACUUUUGAUCGAUAAGCUGGUUAACGUGGAGCAGGUUGUUCAGAGAAACCCGUUCAGUAUGUAGAUCCGGAUUACACUCUGGACUCUGACUCAGUCCUGGUCUGUCAUGACGAUUAACAGCAGCCAGAAAAAGAAACCCUUCACUAACCAGUCAGUGAAAGGUUGAACCGUUAGCAGAGGCAGUGACUUAAUAAGAUUGUGAAUGUGGAGGGUGAACUCAGUGAAUGUAAGGUAUUAGUGUAGCUAACUUGAAUUUCCUGGUUUAAUUAACUGAUUAAUGGCCCCUCACACAGCCUUUUGUACUCACCGAAGUGGAAUUAGUUGAUUUGGAUCAAGCUUUAUUUAAUUAGACCUGUUGUUGAUUUGUUAAAGGUUUUAAGGUCAGAGAGUUCCUGUACACUUUGUAACACGCGGCACAAACCCACUGUUUCCAAACAUGAGAUCUGAAUCUUGAAAGUUGAGAAAACAGAGUUUAAACGUAUCUUUAAGUCACCUCCAGUGCCCCUAUGUAUAGUUGAUGUGUGUCGUUGUACGAUAUUAUCACGAUACUUGGGCCACAAUACAACAUUAUUGCGAUUCUUAACAUUUUGCAAUACAGUGAGUAUUGUAAUACAAUAUAUUGCGAUGCAUAUAUUUUUUCAACUGUUUAGCUAAUUUAGCAUUUGUCUUUCCUUUAUGUUCGUCUUAUUUACAGAGAAUUUUAUUUUCAUGCAGCACAUAUAUUUGUUGUACUAACUUUCUCCUGCUCCACGAUGUCACCUCUUCCAACCUCACUGGACAAACAGUUGAUUUUAUUUUUCCAUUAUUAUAGAUUUGACUUCAUAUUAGCAAUUUAUCCGAAAAAAUCAAUACUUGGUUAAUGAGACAAGACAAUAUAUUACCAGACAAAAUAUCGCGAUACUAUGCUGUAUUGAUUUGUUUCUCCCACCCCUAGCACAAAACCCUGAUCCGACUCAAAAGCUCACAUUCAGAGUCUUUACUGAAAUACUCACAUCCAUAUACAGAAGCAAACAGCUACCUCAAUAUUAAGGGAACUGUUUUUCCUCUCCAACUAUCAGCCGUCUUCUCUGGAUAAAUAAAGCUUAAAGCUUAAACUCUGCAGUGUUUCUGUCUACAAAUCCAAAUAAGAAAAACAAAAUCUGGGUUUGGUUAGCUUGAACUUCCUCCUUUUAAGAAAGGAUUUGGUGGUGAACGGUGGUGACUUGCUUGGAUGCCUCAUGACGCUGGUUAAGCGGAGGUUGAUUAUCUUGUGAUUGGUGUCCUGUAGCGAAACCCCUAGAUGGUUUCUAAAAACGGCCUCAGCUGUGUUCGUGCUAUCUUCACACAGGAAGUAAGCCACAGUGAAAUGCCAGAGAGAUGUUGAAAACAAAAAAACAGAUACAUGGUUUGGUUUGUUUCGCUCUUCAAGUCUCAUCCUGGUUUUUUUUUUUGAUUGAUAGUAGCCGCACUGAUUGCUGAUUGACCGUUUUGUAAGCAGAGGUUUUCUUUUGUUCUCCUUUUCACUUCAUUUGAAUGUGCAUGAAAGCUCUCUGGUACUUCUCUGCUUAAAGUCACGUGCUUGUAAACAGUCCUCUGAGGUGUACUCAUCAGACUGCAGCAUCUACUCUCUGCACAAAAGUGGUCACUGAGAGAUGUGCAGUCAUGCAUCACUUCAUUUCUUAGCCACUCUGGGCAGAGCAGGAUUUUCUCAUGCAAUCAGUAGCCUUCGCUUUAAUAUUCCCCACACUUGUUUUAAGCUAAUCAGACAUAAGAAGGCUUCAUCUGUGGCGAUCAUGUUAAAGAUAUGUCGCUACCUUGGUCCCCUAGGCCCUCAAUUCUGCUCAGUUGUUCCCAUAUUUUCCGUUCCUACCCCUGCCGUUUUUAAUCUUGCACUUUCUCUUACUCCCUUUAGGGCUUCUUUCGCAGGACCAUCCAGAAAAACCUCCACCCGUCUUACUCCUGUAAAUAUGAAGGCUGCUGCGUCAUUGACAAGAUCACCCGCAACCAGUGCCAGCUGUGCCGCUUUAAGAAGUGCAUCUCUGUGGGCAUGGCCAUGGACUGUGAGUUAUAAUGAGCUCAUUUUUACUCUUUCAGCCGCUGCCAUAAAAAUUCAUACAUAACCAUGUUCACUUCUUUCCCUGUGGGUUUCCCAGGGUGUACACUGUGACAAACAAAGCUCAGUAUCUGCAGCCCCUGUGGCACUUUAGUGUCAAAAACAUAGGCUAGAGGACCGUGCUGGCUGUUAUUAAAUCACUGCAUAUCAAUGUAGAACCAAAUCUGUCUUACUUGCUGACUAUUGUUCUUGCACACGUACACACUUAUCCUCACUAAAAUCAGAUAGUUUCACAAAAUAGUUUUUUUGGUAACACUUUAUUUGAUGUCUAUCUCUAUAACGCAUUAUAAAUGUAUGUAUAAUGCGUUAUAAUCAUGUUAUAGCACUGUAUAACUAUAGAUAUAAACACACAUAAAUGAUUAUAAUGCUUUAUAGCAAUAAUCAUAACACAUUAUAAAGCAUUUUAUCAUGACUAACAAGGUCAGGUAUUAUAAUGUGUUAUAACUGUUAACAACAGUUGCAUUGCAUUAUCUAUGUGGGCAUUGUCAGUGAGUUGUGUAACUAUAGUUAUACAGUGCUAUAACAUGAUCAUAAUGCAUUAUCCAUAAAUUUAAAACGCGUUACAGAGACAGGCGUGAAAUAAAGUGUGACUGUUUUUUUUUAGUUGAAUUAAACAGUUGCAGCUGUGGUACAGAAAGAUGUCCAGGAUUGACAGCUUGAAUUUCAUUUUCACUGAAUUUCAAAAUUUGCUGUUGUAUUUUAUUGCAGAGGAGGCUGUUAACAAAUGUAAACAGGAUCAUGUAUCCCGACAAUCUUGUGACAUGGUUCCAGCUCUUUUAUUAACAUUCAGUGAAUUUUCUUACUCGAAUAAAUCCUUUUCAUAUCCUCUUCUUACUCUGGAUAUCAUCUGACAUUUCCCCCCGGCUUCCUGUCUGUAUCUCACUGGAUGUUUUUUGAAGGUCACAAAGCUUCAGUGCCAACACUGUUGAACAUCUAGAAAUGUUCCCGAUAAAUUCGUCUGUUUUUCUGUCGGCACGUCACGACUGAAUUCAAAACCAAGUCACAUCGAUUGUCCAUUUCAGUUCAGGAAAUGAGAGGGUCAAGUGUUCCAAUUUGCAGUGAAUUAAAAUGUGUGUGAAGCAGAGUGUAGCAUUCAAGUGCACAGACAGCAGGGCUCUGCGAUUAGAAGCGUGCAGGGAAUGAGUCAUCCUCACAGUACCAGUGGAAAUGGACAAAAUGUACUACUGGAUGAGCCACUGUAGAAUCAGAGCAAACCUAGAAAAAUAAUAGCAGUCAAUGUGCCAAAUAGUUUUCCUUCAUUUUUGAAGUUGUUUUUUUCCACUUUGAUUUUAACCAUGCCAGUCACAAUGCUCUAUGAGUCCACAGAGCCAGAGGGCCACAUGAUAUUCAUAAUUAUAGUUUGAAUUACCCUCUGUCAUUCAGUAAAACCUAAUGUAGCUGUGAUCAUGCCGCAAACCAGGAGUCUUGUAAUUAGGAGAGCAACAUAAAAACAUUAACUGACUCAAGUUUUCAAUAUUUUCUUCUCAGCAGACAAAGACACCCCGAAAAAAGUCAUUUGACUAAAAAGAAAAACAAGAGAAGGAGUUACAGUUGUUGAUGAAACCUCCGCUGUCAAAUUACUUCAGUUUAUCACCAUGUUCUCUGUCACCCCGUCUCGCCCUUCAGUGGUUCUGGAUGAAUCAAAGCGCGUGGCUAAGCGGCGUCUCAUUGAGGAGAAUCGACUGAAGAGGAAGAGGGAAGAGCUCGUUAAGACGCUGAAAACCAAGCCGGAGCCAACAACCUCAGAGUGGGAGCUGAUCAGGAUGGCAACAGAGGCCCACCGGCACACUAACGCCCAAGGCUCCAGCUGGAAGCAGAAGCGCAAGUUCUUGGUGAGCUUUCAGUAUUGAAUUGACAGUCUUUGGGCAGGCGGCUGUUAGGCUGUAAUGAUCCAGAGUGACAAAAACAAAGUCUUUAGCUGUGGGUUUUUUUUUUUCCUUCAGGGCGCUUCCUAGUUAACAUUUCUGACAGAUGGCAGGGAAGUUCAACCCAUAAUGCUAGACUGCACUGAAGUGGCCAACUCUUUGUAGAAAAGAGAAAAGAGACACCUUUCAUUUAGUUAUUAAAUGUUUAUUUGUUAUCCAUUUUUUUCCAAUCCAAUCCGAUACCAAUACCUGGGUUGAGCGCAUCAGCCAAUCCAAUCCAAUACUACUGUUGAAUGAAUGAACUGAAUACAUCGGCCGGUGAGUGAGGCCAUCAGGCUUGACAUUAGCAUUAGCAAUAAUUAGCAAUAUUAUUAAUAUUAACAAAUAACAAAUUCUUUCUUUCUUUCUUUCUUUCUUUCUGGACAUGGUUAAAAAAAAUGUAUAUAAAAAAAACAACACAAAACAACAGUUAAGAAUAAAAUAAAAUAAGUGCCUCACUUAGAAGCACAUCAAUCUCACUUAUCACAACAAAAUAAGAACAAAAACAAAACCAGAGUAUCCACAUGUCCAAAAAAGGGGUAAGAAGUCAAAGACUUGUCUGGUCUUACCCCUCUGUUACUGAUCUCAUUUAACUUAACUUAAACACUAUAACUAAAUGUUUUUGUUUUUGUUUUUGCACAUUAGCACACAGCAAAAAGAAGUAAGACUUCCAUGUCCAUUUAGUGCUAAAGAAUAGACAGACAUAGAAUAUAGCGCAAACAGUAUCUCUGUGUUGUUGUUUUGAUAUUAAUUUUUUUUUAAAAAAGCCAGAAUCGGAAAGCUGGAUCGACAUCAUUCAUCAGAUAUCCAAUCCAGCUAACUUGACAAUAUUGUAGCCGAUAUCAGAUCCAAAUAUCGGAUCGGUGCAUCCCUAAAAGGAACAGGCAGGUUAACUCCUACUGCAUUUAUAGCCUGAGCUUAUCUGCAAUGGCUGUCUCUAAGCGAGCCUCUAAAUACAUGAAAAAUCAAGAAACAACUUUAAAGAGACAGAAUAGAGCAAACACAGUGAUGAAGGAGACAUUCAAUAAAUAGAUAUCCCACAACUCUGGUGGCAAAUGUUGGGUUUAAAAUAAUACCAGGCAUAAUCUGGAUUGUAAUGAACAUUAGAUCUGGCCCAGGAUCCAUCAUGUUUUUAAGUUCCUCCAGUUUUAUUGUUGUGCUGUUGCUUUUCUGCCUGCCUGAGUGUUACAAGUCGCUCCUAAGAAAGUCAACUGAUCACAUCAUAAGAAGUGACUUCAUUUACACACUGUCUGCUUGAACAGCACUCCUUUUCAUCCUGCUUAAUUCGUGCUGAACCAUGUGGUCACAGCUACAUGCACACCAAAGUGUGUUCACCACAGACCUUAAGCAAACGUCAGAUGACAGUUACCAAGCAACCAGUCCCUGAGGACAGGUAUAGAGAUUUUCUGAAGGCUGCUGAAAAGUUUCUCAGGGUCGGGGGAAUUUUCAGUCCGAGGUGACCAAUUAGGAGAGGUAUGCCGUGGAGAACAGAACAGAUUUAUAUUUUAGAGCGAGAAUGGCAGACGGGGGGGGCUGUGUUUGUGCUUUCGCCUGGCUGUGAUCAUGUGGAACAGGAAAAAACAGGUUUUUCAGGUCACAACUGCACGUAUCAAGAGUUUUAAAGACUUUGUGUAGGACCUCUACGGAGCUUCCUGUUUUCAAAAAUGAAACCAAGCUAAAGUCCUUAAUGAAUAAUAGAGCUCAGUCCUGCGUGCUAAACUGCUGUGGUGUGUGGUGGCCUAAUUAUGAACACUAUUAGCUCCAAAAAGCUAAGAUACACUCUUCUGAAACACCAAAAUUAAAGCAUUGUAAAAUGGUUAUUAAAAUUUGCAGCAUUGCUCGUAUAAUCAUCUGUUGAAGUUUGACCUCUGUGCAGCUCUUUGCUCACAAUUUGCCAUGUCUUGUUUUCAGCCGGAUGACAUCGGCCAGGGUCCCAUUGUGCCCACUUCAGAAGGAGACAAAGUGGACCUGGAAGCCUUCAGUGAGUUCACCAAGAUCAUGACCCCCGCCAUUACGCGCGUCGUGGACUUUGCCAAGAAAUUGCCCAUGUUCGCAGAGGUAGGUUUAGAGUGAGUGUGUUUUCAGCUUCAACUCGGCUUCACCACUGUGUUCCUGACAGUUUGAACAUAAGGUUAUAGUUCAGACUGCUACAAAGUUGACCUUACACAAGCCCACAACUUUCAUGUAGUGGUAAGCUAAAGUUUUAAUGUCAACAACAGCGCAGUGUGCGGUGUUAUCUAUGAGAUAUGUGACAGUUUUCAGCCUAACAACCUUUGAAAGUCGUCAACUAUCAUCUGAGUGUAAUCUCACCUCCUGAGGCUGAUAUCGAGUUUCCUGUAAAGUCACUUUGUAUCCUGGAAAAGUUUUUUUCUUUUUAUAUCAAUGUUCAGCUUUCUGUGUAGAGUCUAGCCGGCAGCUGAAGUGAGAGAUCACGUAUAGUGAGAAGUUGUCACAGCAGAAUCAACCCCCCCUAAGGGUGAGUGGGCCCCCGACCUGAAGAGGAGGUUAUUUCACAACAACUUUCUAAUAAUCUAUCCUCUUGAUGUUGUGGAAGGGACUGCUCAAGUCAAGGCAAAACCCAAUAGUAUAUGAGUUUGAUUGUGGGGGAUGGUGUGUGAAAGUCCUUAAACACACCAUCUUUUACAGUGUUCAGAUUUUUCAGUGUGAUUACAGAUAGUUUGCAGUGUUUCCCCUAGGUUGAUAAUUUACGUGUGGUGGUGGGCCGGGCGGUGCAGGGCAGCGCUGUGGUGUUUGAUAAGUGCAUUCAAAAUAAUCUAGUCAAACUAAGGUUUAUGAGCUAUGCGUAAUAUAUUGCACAUACAUGGUUCCGGACUAACUGCGCCUAGUUUGUUCGACGAUCGCUACCACUUCGGAAAGCCGGAGCACAACAGUUUGGGUUCGCUUCUGUAUAUUAACCAGCAUGUCUUGCGCUGCGCCACAUUUGCCGAGAGUAAACCCUACUGUCUGUGUGUCUGUAUGACUGCAUUUUUUUUUUGUUUGUUUUUGUUUUUAAAUUCUAUUUUCAUCUUCUUGGGCGGGUUUCAAUCCUCUUAGGCAGACCGCUCAAGUAAAGUCUAUGUUGAGGAAACCCUGGUCUGUUUUUGCAGCUGCUGGUGGUCUGAUCUAUCAUAGCAACAGUGCGCUAAAAUAUGAAGAACAAUCAGACUCUCGGCACUGUAAUGACUCGAAAAUAGAGUUAAAGUUUAGAGGCAACACCUUUAGCUUGAUGUCUAUUUGUAUUUUAUAUUUUUUCUCUCAAAUGCAGAUAUUUGAUAAGAUUAAAUUAACUCAUUGCUGUAUAAUAUCAGAUAGAUUGGGGGGUGGGAGAGAGACAGUUCUAUGUUAAAUAUAUAGUUUGUCAAGACUCCUCAGACUGCAAACAGACCAAAAGAGGGACUGGAGUACUUCUAAUGUGACACUGAAAAAAAAAAAUUGGAUCAUACAUAUUUUGUCUCAUGCUGAGCACGAGGACAAAAUCCCCCCUGAACAAAGCUGGCUCUUUAUCCCCGAGUCAUGUAUGUAAAAUAUGCCAAUGCAUCGGGCAUGCAGCCAUCAAGUGAACAAGUAGAAGCCUUUCACAAGUGUCUCAGCACGAGGAAGACUAGUGUGCGAAUAAUGAAUGGAUGAACGAACUGAUUAAAACUUUAACCCUGGUGUGAUGAGGUUGAUGUCAUGCUCUAUCAAGUAAAACAAACUCCACUUUCAGAAUCAAAACCAAUCUCCAGACGGCACUUAUCAGCUGAUUCACAAGCAGUCACAAAGUGUCCUGAAUCACACCUUACAGUCUUGUUUAUUUAUCUUCCUUUUUCCACAUAAAAACCAUCUCGUUGUGUACCUUAUGCUCAACAGUAAUUGGGAUCAAGAUGCACAAUAUUUAUCUUGAGUUUGAAUCAUUACACUGAAUGUGUAAACAAGGGCGGAUCAUUCAGUUGUGACUCCUUGAAGAGCUUAUUUUAGACUUUUACUACCAGCGAUGAGCUUCCUCUUUCUUAAUCAUAGCAUCAUCGAGGGAUACAUUUCUACAGCCUCCCUCAGCUGCUUUUACACCAAAUAUUAAUGAAACCCCUCCACCAUCCUCCCACCAUGGCCUGUCUCUCAGGAUAAUGUGAUGACUCACCGCUCAGAGAUACCACUCUGCUGUCUACAGAAGCUGCCUGCAUGCUUGUACCAGGUCAUGUAUAUUGUAGUGGAUUCCCAGUUUCAUAACCAAUAGCAGGGGAUUUUCUAUGAAACCCAUUCUCCUGGAGGAAGCAUUACAAAUGAACUCUGCCGGGGUGUAAAAAAGCUACAAUACCACAGCCUACUGUACCAUCUAAAGACUGAGUGCUUCUUUGUCUGUUCUUUUCUGCCUUUGUUAACAGCAUGAAGCAGUGUUGCUGUGAAUUAGCACAGUCAUCUAUGAGUACAUUUGAACAAAUUACCUAACAAGGUCCUCCAGUAGGACUCUAUGUCCAGAACACUGAACUACAAAUAAUAUCAUUUUAUCAGAUUAUGUUCAUGAAUACUGCAAAAAGGAUUUGGAAAAGUCUACUCUCAGGUCAGGGUUAGAGUAACAUUCAGUGACUUCAUUGGGCUAUUUAGUAAGCAAUACAAUACAAAACAAAACAAUACGAGAACUAUAUUGAUACCCAGGGGGAGAUUUGUUUGUCUUGAAUUUUCUACUAUUUAUAGAAGAAUUAUGAAGUCUGAUGGCUGUGGGUGCAAAAGAUCAUUCAAAUCUUUCAGUCCUAAAGCGAAAAGAGCGCAGCCAUCCACCAUCAAGGUGUUAUGAAGUGGAUGAUCUGUGUUUUUUAGAACAGCCUCCACCUUCCACCACAUCUUCCACUCAGACCAACUUGAUUCCAACCACAGAGCCAGCCUUUUUCACCAGUUUGAGUCUGUAUCCUAGCAACUGUUUCAUGGAGAACAACACGCUAAACUUCAGCAUUUGCCUUGGGAUAUGAAAUGACUGAAAUCCCUUGGAAUAUAAUAUGGCCGAACAGUUCAAUAUCUGGACAACACAACUUCUCCUUGACAGUUAUGUGUGGAGAGUUACACCAUCUCUGGUUAACAAAUUAAGCCAGACCUCCUCCUUUCUUCUUGCCACUAGCUUUUGCAUCUCUGCCCGACCAUAUGAGAGUGAAGCCAGGUAGAUCUACACUGGAGUCUGAGUCGUUUUAAUUCAACCAGGUUUCAGUAAAACACAGGAAUGUCAAACACUCUGCACAUUCCUCCCAAGCUAGUCCCUGACUUUGUCCACCAGUUAUUCGAUUUCAGUGGACUUUAGAUCUUUUUCACAGAGGGUGCUGUAGAUAAAGCAAAUGCAAACAAUAAGCUAUAGGUAUUCAAAUGUUUAGUAAGGUUAAGGGGGAAAGUGCAGAGCCUGGCGUUAAGCCCCCCCCCCAACAUUAUACACACAUUGCUCAAAAUCGUUCAAUUUUUUUACUUGUUUGUGAGGAUUAUUUCAACAUACCCUCAAAACUUUCAUCAAUGGAUGGAUCAAUUGAUAUCUUUUGUGUAUGUUUUUGUUCGUAGGCAGCAGAAACAAGCACUAAAUGUAACAUUGGAAAAUCAUUACUUUAAACUGCUAAAGGUUGUUUGGCAGGAAACUCUGGCCUCUUGAUCCUCCAUUGUUUUCUGACAGACUCUGUGAUUCUGUGUUUGGCGCCCAACUAAGCUGUGUUUAAUAUUAAAUGUCAUAACUAAUAAGCUGUGUUUUUUUUAAAGUAUGACUCUUUUUGUUUAUUUUUUACAAAUGUUAAAGAUUAUGGAUUUUAAUUAUAAAACAUUAGAACUGUUUGAACUAUUCAUUUCAGUCACUCUACAACUCUUUGAUUAUUAACGUCUACUCCCACUUUUAUUCGGUGACCAAAUUUGUUGUUGUUUUUUUGUUUCAAAGCUGCCUUGUGAAGACCAGAUCAUCUUGCUGAAAGGUUGCUGCAUGGAGAUCAUGUCGCUGCGCGCCGCUGUACGCUACGAUCCAGAAAGCGAAACACUGACGCUCAACGGCGAGAUGGCUGUAAAACGUGAGCAGCUGAAGAACGGCGGGUUGGGCGUGGUAUCAGAUGCCAUCUUCGAUUUGGGAAAGAGCUUGGCUCAGUUUAACCUGGAUGACACAGAGGUUGCUCUGAUGCAGGCGGUGCUGCUCAUGAGCUCUGGUGAGGAGUGUUUUUUACAUUUUGAAUGUUUGGACUUUCAGAAGAGACGAUGAUUUGUCAAUGGCCUUUGUUUUCUUGUCUGGUUUCUUGUGAAAUCUUUCCUGUUAUACCUUUUUCAGUUUUGUUUCUCUGAUUCACACCUGUCGUCUUUACUGUAAGCAGCAUUUUGCUCCAGCUUGGAAAGAAAGAUACCGGCAAAAACAGACUGAAAUAUUUAAUAACUGACUCAUGAAUAAUACAAAGAGUGAAGGCUGGGCUGUUUCUAAGUUCAGAACACUUUGCUGGUUCAUACAAUUUAUAAAAUGUGUCUUUUCUUUAUACCAGUGUCAUACCCUCAGAGUGAUUUCAGUGGCUCAAUUUUAAUAAAACACCAUCACUGUCUUGACUGUUUUGUAUCGUUUAGGAGGAAUUCCCAGAAAGCAGCAACACAGUUUUAAAGACUGUUCACUUUCUAAGGAUAUUUUUUAAUAUCUUAAACCUCAAAAAAUGAGGAUCUAUAUGAGGAAAAACUGAGUCUAUCUUUCUUUUUUUUCUCCAGAUCGUUCAGGACUGACCAGCGUGGAGAAGAUCGAGCAGUGCCAAGAGGCCUACCUGCUAGCCUUCGAGCACUACAUCAACUACCGCAAGCACAACAUUCCCCACUUCUGGCCUAAGCUGCUGAUGAAGGUGACAGACCUGCGCAUGAUCGGAGCUUGCCACGCCAGCCGCUUCCUCCAUAUGAAGGUGGAGUGUCCCAACGAACUCUUUCCCCCGCUCUUCCUGGAGGUCUUUGAGGACCAGGAUGUGUGA